UUAUCAACCCACGGAUAUGAGUAUAUUUAUUUUACGACCUGUACCGUGCAUGUUCCUACUGUAAAAACACAAAACGGUGUCAUAACUUUAACCUUGUUAUUAUUUCUAGCUUCAUAUACAGAACAAUUGGUUGAUGUGGGCGUAACAAAUCUACAGCUGGUGUUUAAAUUUCAAUGGAUACUUGGAGAAACACAAGAAGUAACCUGUAAUCAUGCAUAUGCAAUAGGAUUCUGUCACGAUGGAUUUCACUCCUUCACAUGCUUUGUCCUUCCAACGUAUAAUGGUGUAUACAACAUGUCCUCAAACGCAGACCUAAGUGAAGUGUAUGUUUCCAUAAUACACUUCAAUACAACAACGAUUGGAAACUACAGCUGUUAUAAAAAUUCAGACAGAACGACAGUCGUCAUAAGUGUAAAAGACCUAGGGAAUUGGACACACGGAACAAAUAUGACAGAGAAUUGGACACCUGGACCAAAUAUGACAGGCGAUUGGACACCCGGUCCAAAUAUGACAGAUCCGAUUUCCCCGGUUGACGUCGUCCUUGACAUGAUAUACAAACAGCAACAAGAUGGAUCGUACAAGUCGUUUGCAGAAUGCUUGUUUGAAAACAAGAACGAGACGCGGUACUAUGUUGUGGGAUGGUACGUGGAUUCGGUAUCAACCCCGGUAUAUACGACAGGCAUAUCAAAGGCGGACGUUGCCGGUUUCAACGCUGUUUCCGUGUCCAAUCUUGUAGCCGCCUAUCGCGCAAAUUCUACGCUAUCUAAAACGUGUGCCAUUAAUCGCAGGUGGAGAUGUGCAGUUACGGUUGUUGAUGCCACCGGAAAAUCUCUUCUGCCUGCCGUAGCAAGCAAGUAUGAGGACAUCAUCAAGAUUAAAACUACAUACGUUACACUGAACCGAGGAGCCAGUGCGGAAAUCCUCUACACCAUCAACGUCCCUAUCCUGUGUCAACCGGGAACAAAAUGUGGAAUCAACGUAAAAGUCUAUGAUGAAAGUGAUGCUUAUAAAUGCGAAAACUCAACGCUGGCCGCGCGGCACAAAAGCAUGUGCGGAGACAUCGUUGAAGGUGCCAAUAAUAUUGCGAGCACCACUGACAGUAUGAACAAGUCGAUAAAGAUUACAACAAAAAACAACAACUGGUUUGAGCUAAAAGACACGUUUACGCUGACCAUGGAGAUAGAAGGCUUUGGAAAGGUGGAUGAGUUCUGGGACAACUGUAAACUUAAUACGAAAAUCAAGGUCGAGGUCGACGACUUCAAAAACUACUGGAUGCAUAACUACUGUUAUUCAAACAACGAUCCUAGAAUUGGAACUUUCGACGGGGUCUACUUCAGCCUGAACAAUGCCGGGAACUAUACGCUGUACAAACACAAAACACUUCCUAUUCGGGUCGAAAUAGAAACCGAGAUAUGCAAUCGAGGAGGGGCUUGCACAUGUGGUGUGACUGUGAAUGCGGGCAAGGACGUGUUCGCUAUCAACCAUUGUGGUGGUUACCACAUGAUCAAGACGAUCCAGAAUACGGAGAAGAUCAUGAGUGUUAGGGAACAACCCGGGUACAUGCAUACGUUCUACCUGCCACAAGGCACCAUGAUCAACGUAGACUACCAUGUGGGAACUUUCUGGAAGACGAUGAACGUCCAGAUCUUCCCGUCGCCCGACGACAUGGACAACACGGAAGGACUGUGCGGAAACUUUAACAACGACUGGGAGGACGACUUUACCCACAGCGACGGUACUGUAACCGUCGCGCAGGGAGAUAGGUACUGGGAUUGGUUCUUCUCGUUCAAAGACCCGGACGAGUUCAGCGAGUCAUGGAGAGAAGAAACUCCUUUGUUGAAAUUGGCCCAAGAGGGAAAGCUUGAUGACGUGCUGAAUCCAUGGGCCGAUGAUUACAAGUACUGCGUGUGCCCAUUGGUGGGUGGAUCGCGUCAACCAAUGUGCCACAAGAAGGAAGACAAGCAGUGCACAAACUCAAAGGUCUACGCUGGAAAGGAGAAGAUUAUAAUUGAGGAGACGAAGAGGUCCGUGGAUAGUCAGCAUAUGGAUGACCUUGCGGAACGAUUGGGGAUGUUGGGAAGAAUGAGGGAGAUGAACAAACUUCAGCGAAAAAAGAGGGAAGCUGAAGAGUAUACCAAAGCAGAAAUAGACGAUGCAAAAGCUAAAUGCGAGGCUUACCUAAAAGAUGACUGCAUGGACGGAAUAACAAUACUUGGAAAUAAGACAGAGAAAAGUACUCUGGACUGCGCCAGGGAUCUUGUGCUGAAUCCAAACGCAUCGGAUGCCCAACAAGGCAGCUGUCGUGCAGUGAAGACCACCAUAGUCACCACUUUUGUCAAGGACACAGAGGCGCAGGAUACAUACAAAGAACAAUUCGCAAAGGUCAAGAAAAUGUGUAUCGACGACUGUAACGGAAAUGGGAAAUGCAAUGACAAAGGAACCUGCGAGUGCGAUGGUGACUACGACCCGCUGACGAACUGCUCACUGAGCCGCAGUCAGAAACCCACCCUGCAGGGCCUGAGUGGAGGAGGGCUCAAGGACGGCAAGUGUGACCGAAAGGCGGCCGGCUGCAACGCGUUCACCAUUGCAACAAGCGGAUGUACAUCACAGAGUACAUGCAAAGCGAAUGUUACCACGCACUACAGUGAUGAAACAAAAACAGUCACAGAAAAGGAGCAACCCUGUACAUGCGUAAACGGUUUUGAUGUCGAAUAUGACGUCAGUGCCAUAACAGGUGCCCGUCGGCGUCGAUCCAGUGACACCGUGCCUCUUGGAACAACGGUUGGCGUUGCAGUCAGCAAUGACGGUAGCACAUACAGCGAAUCAGCGUCCAACGUUGAUAUAAUUCUGGACAGCACUUGCAUAACAAACGAUGGGACAAAGUUUGUGCUCGCCGCUGGGUACUGUCUCAUUGACGGCGUCUGCUAUGCUGCUGCGGAAACCGAAAAUGAUGGAUGUUAUACCUGUGAUAUGGCCAACAGAUUUGAAUGGACAAUAUCUAAUGAUUACUGUGAGAUCGGUGGUACUUGUUACCAUGAAUCGGAUGCCAAAUCAGCUGCUGAAUCGUGCCUUACGUGUGUGCCAACAGCGAGUCAAACAGAAUUCACCCAGACGGCUGACACCUGUGUCAUCGAUAAUCAAUGUUAUGAUAACAACGGCUUCGAGAUGGGAAUACCCUGUCGGUAUUGCAACACAGACAUGGACAUUACAUCAUGGACAAUGAAGGACGACACGUGCUUUAUCUCGGGUGGUUGCUAUGACGACAAAGCCGACAAUCCAUUGAACGGCUGUCUGUAUUGUGACUCAGAUGAAUCCAUCAGCGACUGGCAGACUCAUGUGAACAAGACAGAAUGCUUAUCCAAAAAAGACGCGGUGUCCGGAGCUGUCAUCGCGGCUGCUGUAAUCGUCCCCAUUCUGGUGUUAGGAGGAAUCGGCGCGGGAAUACUCAUCUACAAGAAAAUGCAGACGAAAAAGAUAAUGGAUGCAAGAAUGAAAGGAGGUUUAUACGACGAUUCACCAAAGAACGGCCAUUUUCGCACACGCAUUACGCCCACUCCCUACGACCCAGUGAUACCCGCGAUGCCCUACAACAUUCCGAGAGACGAGAUUAACCCGGACAAACUAAAUAGUAGACCGGACAAUCUGUACUCCGAUGACCAGACAAGCCGGUCGAUUCAUACGCCUAUUCCGUCGCCCGCCCCCAAGCUUCCGGCGCCUCCCAUGGGAUUCACUUCCCCGGUGCAAGAGAUGUCAAGCACCUCGACUGAGAUGCAGAAUUUCAGGACGCCGGCCACUCCAACACAAUGUUGAGCAUUGCCGACGAAACCAACGCUUAACCUGUGAUGAAAUUACAAUAUUUGACUAAACUAUGUAUACUACUUUAAGUAUUUUCUUUUAAUUAUUUUUAUGGGAAGUUCCCAUUU